AUGUCUUCUUUUGCCGGAGAUGAAAGCGUCUUCGAGCGUCUGCAGCAGCGCGCAGACCCCAAGGUCUUGGAAGAACAGCAACAAGCUGUGAACGAGCGUAUGCAAGCUAUUUACCAAAAGGCUCAAAACCGACUGGGGGAAUUGAUCGACGAGAACUCCACUCUGCCAUGCACUAUUUCCUCUGUGCAAGUCACCAAUGCUCCUCAUACUCGCCGAAGCUUCCUUGAGCGCAGCUUGAACCCGCUCUUGAGUGCUAACAAGGGUCGCCCUUAUACAUUGUCCGAGGCGCUGCGGGAAGUAUCGGCUGCCGCCGAUAAGCUGGGACGAUUCGACCUAUUCCACCAGCCUAUCUCUGUCUACCUGGAUGAGUCCAAGGACCAAAAUGGAAUGCGAAACAUCGACGUGUAUCUGGCCACGCGCGAAAAGUCUCGCGUGCUGCUGAAGACUGGAACUGACCUUGGAAAUGCUGAAGGCUCGGCGUAUGGAAACCUUCUUUGGCGUAACGUCUUCGGUGGUGCUGAGACCUUGAAUCUGAAUGCCUCUCUUGGCACACGCACACGAUCUGCGUACCAGGCCGCGUUCGAGACCCCGAUCCUGGGGGAUCCCGACUUCCGUCUGGAGUUCGGUGGCAUUGCAAGCUCGACGCACAAGUCUUGGGCGAGCCACGAAGAAGUUUUGAAGGGCGGUUGGAGCAAGCUCCGCUGGAUGUCCAAAUCCGGCCACCGUCAUGAGUUGGGCUACAACGGGUUCUGGAGACAAGUGACCGGUCUCGCUGAGAACGCCUCUCCUACUGUUCGUGCGGAUGCAGGCGAUAGCGUGAAGAGUAGCAUCUUCCACAGCUGGGUCAAUGACCAGCGUGAUAACGCCCUACUUCCGUCUCGUGGUUACUACGCCAAGAUUUUCAACGAACUGGCUGGACUCGGUCCGCUCAAGGGUGAUGUUUCCUUCUUCAAGUCUGAGAUUGAAACUCAGGGCGCCAUUCCCAUUCCCAUCCCGGGAAUCAAGGGCGAUAGCGGCGUCAGCCUCACCACUGGAUUCCGUGCCGGUCUUCUCUACCCCCUGGGACUCGAAUCCAGCACUCGACCUCAGCUUUCUCGCAUCAAUGACCGCUUCCAGCUUGGAGGACCUACCGAUGUCCGUGGAUUCCGUCUCUGCGGUCUUGGUCCCCGCGAAGGGGUCGACUCCCUGGGCGGUGAUGUAUAUGCUGCCGGAAGUGCCAAUCUGCUCUUCCCUCUUCCCCGACUUGGGGCUGAAAAGCCUGUUCGGUUCCAGGCCUUCUUGAACGGUGGCCGUCUUCUCCCCUUGCAAACCUCGCAAAAAACCGCACCUACCACUAAUGGCGAGGCGCAGGAUGCCAUGGUCUCCACUCUCUCUGAACUCCAAAAUGGCUUGCCCAGCGUUGCCGCUGGCUUCGGCAUUGUCUACGCCCACCCUGUCGCUCGCUUCGAGCUUAACUUUUCGCUGCCUUUGGCCUUGCGGAAGGGCGAAGAAGGCCGCAAAGGACUCCAACUGGGCAUUGGUAUCAACUUCCUUUGA